AUGUCCUGGGACGACGAAGAGUUUGAGGUUCCAAUUACAUCCAAGGAUGCGCCAGUUAUGGCAUCUUGGGACGAUGAGUUCGCUGCAGCUGGGGAUGACGACGAAGCUUUGUUGGAUUCCUGGGACGCUGAAGAGACCAAGAAGCCAGCGCCAGCUAAAAAGCAGACGGCCAGCAAGCCUGACAAAAAGAAGGAUGCCAAAGGCAAGGGAUCUCAGGAAAAAGUGCUCUUGGAGAUAGACACGCUUGACGAAAAAACCAGGAAAGAGCUUUUGAAGAAGGCAGAGUUGGACGCCGAUUUGAAUAACGCUGCAGAUCUAUUCGGCGGUCUAGGUGUUGCCGAAGAGCAUCCUAGGGCUCGCGCCUUGAAGAAGCAACAAGAGGAAGAGAGCUUGCUGCGUCCAGCUGCAUUCACUAAGGACACUCCAAUUGAGUCCCAUCCUUUAUUCCAAGCAGAAACCAAAUCAGAUUUUCAAGAUUUGAGAAAAGCACUUUCGACUGCCAUCACGUCGAUGCAUUCCAAGUCUUCUUUGAACUAUUCUUCUGCAUUGGCUAUCGAUUUGAUCCGUGACGUUGCUAAGCCAAUGUCGAUCGAGUCCAUCAGACAGACGAUUGCUACUCUAAAUGUUUUGAUGAAGGAUAAAGAGAGACAAGAGAGACAGGCUCGUUUGGCCAAGGUUAGAGGUGGUACUGCCACUGGUGGUGCCGGUAAGAAGAAGGCCAAGGCUGCUAAGGCUAACUUGGGAGGUGCCUUCAAAAAGGAUCAAGACUUUGAUCUCGACGGCAGCAACUUUGACGACUUUGGCGAUGACGACUUCAUGUAA